ACAGAGAGAGCAGUGACCAUGCAGAGUCCAGUGUGUCUGAUUGACAAUGAUGUGGAUGGGAAGCUGUGUGUCAAGGAGUCAGCACUGCAGAUCUUGCAGAAGAUCGAGCAGCCAGUGGUGGUGGUGGCUGUGGUGGGACUCUACCGCACCGGGAAGUCCUACCUGAUGAACCGCCUCGCAGGAAAACAAACAGGAUUUGAAUUGGGCAGCACAGUUGAGUCUAAGACUAAGGGCAUCUGGAUGUGGUGUUUGCCCCAUCCCACUAAAGAAGGGACAACUCUGGUGCUGCUGGACACUGAGGGACUUGGAGAUGUGGACAAGGGGGACUCAAAGCAUGAUACCAAGAUCUUCUGUCUGGCUGUCCUUCUCAGUAGCACUUUAGUGCUAAACAGCCAAGGCACAAUUGACAACAAGGCUAUUGAGGAACUGCAAUAUGUCACAGAGUUGACUGAGUAUAUCAAGGUCAAAUCAUCUGAUGAUGAAGACGACACUGAGUUUGUUAAGUUCUUCCCAAGUUUCAUCUGGGUUGUGAGGGACUUCACCCUGGAACAUAAAAUCAAAGGAAAAUCUGUAACCGAGGACCAAUACUUAGAAUUUGCUUUGAAGCUGAAACAAGGCAAUUCAAGACCAGUUAAAGAGUUCAACCUUCCAAGAGAAUGCAUCCGAAAUUAUUUCCCAUCCCGGAAGUGUUUUACAUUCCCAUUUCCAACCGCCUCAGAGAAAGUGUCUCGUCUGGAGAGCUUGGAUUCUGCUGACCUUUCCUCUGAGUUCCUUGAGGUCACAGAUCGUUUCUGCAAGUAUAUCUUUGACAAGAGUGAAAUGAAAAAGCUGAAAGAUGGAUACACAGUCACAGGCAGAGUAUGCGGCCAGCUUGUGAAGACAUAUGUAGACACAAUUUCCAGUGGUCAAGUACCAUUUCUGGAGAAUGCUGUGCUCACUGUGUCAGUGAUUGAGAAUGAGUCUGCAGUGAAGGAGGGCCUUCAGGUGUACCAGAGUGGAAUGGAGAAGCUGAAGGACUCCUUCCCUCUGGAACUGAGUGAUGUGUGUGCAGAACACCAACGUCUUAGCAGAAUGGUGACACAAACCUUCAUGAAACGUUCCUUUAAGGACAGUGAGGGGACAUACACAAAAUGUCUAGAGGAAGAAAUGAAUAAACUCUUUGAUGGAUACCUGCACCAAAACGAGGAGGCUUCAAAGAAAAGAUGUGAGAAUCUCCUGACAACCCUCUCUGCACCAAUGACAGAAAAACUCAAGAAAGGAUUUUAUGCUGUAGCUGGUGGUUAUGUUCUCUUCUCCCAGGACCUUGAAGACAUUGUAAAAAAAUACAAAACCCAAUCCAACAAGGGAGUCAAAGUGAGUAUCAAUAUUUGAGAAAAUUGCUUCAACAUAACAUCCAGGUUU